UACUAGUCACCUGUCGUUUCCGAGACUCCGUUCGUGGCAGUCGUUCGCGUCGGUCAUUCGCAGUCGUUGUACAACCACGCGUCGCGCAGUAUCGCCAUUCGAUUUUCGCCUCAACUCGCUAGUCGCUAAGUACGCGUUCACCACCGUCGUAAGAGUCGCCGACGACUUUGGAACGAAUGAUAAUGCAGCGAUGCAGCGACUCGAGCGAUGUACUCCUACCUGAAAACCGUGCGACGUACGAACCGUGCUGUUGCGAAUGACGGAACAUUUUUCGAGAACAUGGAGGCGAUGUGAGGAUUCUCCAAGACUUUCUGUAGUAUCUCAAAUAACGUCAUUCCGGGAAAAUGUAAGCAGAUUGCAUCUUCAGGCCAAUCGUUAGCCACGUAGAAAUGGAAUUCCCAGACUCUAUUUCGCAUAUUAUAUCCAUAAAGCGAGUAUGUGCAGAAAGAAAGUUCGAAGUGACACACAAUUCGACAACGUGGAUUACACACAACUUAGAGAAACCGAUAAUGGUUUCUUUGAUUCACAAUUUGUAAGUCCACCAGUAAAGAUACCAUGGAAGGCUAUUACAUUAGCUGCCCUUCUAUUUGUUGGAGGAGCUGUUAUGCUUAUUAUGGGAAGUUUGAUCGUGAGCGGACACAUUGAUUCAAAAUAUUCAGAUCGGAUGUGGCCAGUGAUAAUCUUAGGGGCCUUGAUGUUUAUACCAGGGGCUUACCAUAUGAGGGUAGUUAUUUUAGCAUAUCAGAAAGUACCUGGUUAUUCUUUUGAUGAUAUACCUGAGUUUGAUUGAAUAUUAUGUAUGUAUGCACAUAGUACUUAUUUAUUAGUUCUAAUCUUUAUUGUAUUGAAAAAUUAAUUUAGUAAUAAGAAAUUUUUUAUUCAUCCAUGAUGAUGAAAAUUUGCAUAUAAAAGAAUUGAGAAAUUACACGUAUGGAAAUGUAAAGAAAAUUGCUUUUUUCUCUUACAUACAACAUUUACAUGUUUAUUUAAAUACGAAUCCUUCUUGAGAAACUGUCAUGUAGAUUACAUAACAAUAAUAUAAUAUCUAUUUAAUGACUAUUUUAUAAAAUAUUUUAAAUUUAAAUAUAAAGAUUUUCAUAUAUAUAAGCAUUUUAUAUAAUUAAAACAGAGAAAAGAAUUUCUCCGACUAUGAUCAUGACUAUGAUUAUGAUCAUGUUUCUCUCUUUUCAAAAUAUCUAUUUUGCAUUUAAAAACAAAUAUCUGUAUCAGAAGCCUAUAAUGGAUGUUUAAUUAUUAGGAAUAUAAUAAAAAUAUUUUCAAGAUAACUUUAUUUGUACUUAAAAAAAAAGAGCUGUGAUUGUACAUUUAUAACAAUAUCAAAAUAUGUGUAUUCACUAUAAAAUAUUGAAAUUAUAUAAUGUUUAUGUAUUUAUGCUAUUAUUUUAGACCUAGUAAAUGUGCACUGUCGAUGUAAAUUAUCACGCAUACAAAAAUUUUUUAGUUUAAAUACAGUAUUUAUAUAUUUGUUUAUUAUUAUGCAUAUUUUGUAUAAUUU